AUGACGCUGUUCAUCUUCAAACUUAUCUUAUUGCUCGCCCUGGCGGCGACCUGGGCCUCGGCCUCCCUGGUCAUCAACGAGCUCGACGUCGCGUCGGGCGGCUACCCGGCCAACGAAUUCAUCGAGCUCAAGAACGCGGGCAACUCCACGAUCAACACCGCCGGCUGGCAGCUGGCCCUCUACGCCUUCGACGCCGGCACCGGCGCCGUCGAGCUGGUCGACACCCAGACGCUGGUCGACUUUGACCUCGGCCCGGGCGACUACUAUGUGCUGUGCAUCUACCCCGAGCGCGUGCUGCUGUGCACGCAGGAGGUCAAGACCCGCAGCGACGGCACUGCGGUCCUGCUCAACUGGAAUGCCACCGUGGUCCUGCUGGACCCGGCCGAAAACCGGGCCGACAUGGUGGGCUACGGGUCGCCAGCUACGGGGCUCGGCCUGGGCUCGGCCUGGUACGAGGGCUGCGAUAGCGCCACGUGGGUCGGGUCGGCCAUCGCGCGCUGGCCCGAAGGCGACGACACCGACGACAACGCGGCCGACUUCGAGCACCGCUGCCGCACGCCGGGCCUGACCAACGCCUACGCGGCAGUCGCGUCCGAGUCGUGCGCCAGCCCGGGCGACACCAACCUGGUCAUCAACGAGGUCGACUACACCCAGGAUGGCGGCAACGACACCCGCGAGUUCAUCGAAUUCCACAACCGCGGCUUCGUCGGCAUCGCCUCGACCGUGGCCGGCGGCUACCGCCUGCGCAUACUCGAUUCGGCCAACGCCACAGUGCGCAACGUGAGCCUGUCGGGCCGCGACUUCCCCUUCGUCGUGCCGGUCCAUGGCUACUACACCCUGUGCACGGCCCUGUCGGGCGUGUGCGAGGGCCACGGCGCGCGGCUGGUCGACACACCCGCCACGACGACCAACGGCUACAUCGACGCGACCACCAACUGGAUCCCGAACCCGGGCGACGGCGGCCACGCGUUCUACACGAUCCAGCUGCUGCGCCAGACCGGCAGCCUGAUCACGGUGCAGGACACGGUCACCUACGGCGGCGGCUCGCUGAGCGGAUACACGCCGGGCACGGGCGUGGCCGAUCUCGACGCCUCGGGCACCAACCGCCUGGGCAUCUCGCGCUGGCCCGAUGGCUACGACACCAAGGACAACUCCAUCGACUGGAGCGCCAGGGUCGACAACGCCGUCGCGUUCGCGCACGCCAUCGCCGUCGCCGUCGCGUUCGGGCUCACCCAGCCCGACCCGCACCCCGAGCGCGUCGCGUACGCCGCUGUGGUCGGCCAGCCCCUCGCGCACGCCCCCCGCCAGCCCCACCAAGACGCCCACGGCUUCGCCCAGCAGCAGCAGGACAAGAACGCCCAGCCCCACCCGCACGCCCAGCACCAGCCCCACGCGGUCACCCACACGCACGCCCACCCGCUCCCCCACGCGGACCCCCACGCGCAGCCCGACCCGCUCGCCCACCGCCACGCGCAGCCCGACCCGCUCGCCCAGCCGCACGCCUUCGGCCAGCCCCAGCGGGCAAGUUCUCCCAGGAUAAAACCGGGAAACAUCGAAGAGAUUACCUUUCAUUUUGUUUGA